AUGGGUUUCAAGGUUGUUCUUCCAACAGGGUCCACUCGAAUAGUGAACUUAGCGUACGACAACUGUGACUUCAAGUUUGGUGUUGGCCAGCCAACAGAUCUUAAGGACCGCACGUUCGAGAGCAUCACUACAGGACUUUUCUUUGCACCCCCAAAGGAGGUGCUUCCUGAGCAUUUAGAAUAUGCUGAAAGUAUAUGGGACUCACAUCCAAACAACCCCAAUGCUCCCAAUGUCCCACCGAUGAUCACCUUUGCCGAUGUCCUACCGACUCCCGAAGCUGCAGUCAGAAUCAUGGCACACUGUCGGUGGCACAUCACAUCAGUAUUGAUCGAAGAACACUUCCCUGAACUUCGAUCUCAUCUUCUUGAUCCUCCAUCGACGUUCCAGUUGUCACCGCAACAAAUGUUGUACUCUACCGCAGAGGCAGUGUAUGCGAAGGCAUCCACAAUUGAUGGGAAUAUUGACGCUAUCAUGUCACUUCUCCAGCAAAGUGGCAUUGUGGAAGUGGGGGUCUUCGAGAAAUACGUUAUUCUUGGCCUGGUUCUACGCAAUCUGCAGACUUUCCCAUCAAUUCAGUUCUUGGGUCUCCAAAAGUAUUUUCCAUUAGCUGCUCCUGGACCCUCCCAGGAGCUUCCAGGAGUAUCCAGGAGUAUCCAGUAG